AUGUCCUGCAACUGUCUUAAAAAACUCAAGGUAUCCCAUCCACAAGUCUUCAUGGUCCCUCGCGAGUGGCUACAGAAUGGAAAGUUGGAGUGCAUCCUGUACAGCAAAAUGAAGUUUCAUUACCGUAAAUAUGGAAAAUGUGAAGGCCUUGUAAUCACACUCAUAGAAGUAAAGGCUUCCUUCGAACGUUACUCUAACUACCUGUGGGCCCGAAAGGAUUCUGAUUGGGCAACAAAACCGGAAAAAAAAUCCUACCUUGCUGUCUUUGUUCCUUGUAUCUACUGUUCCGAGCUCUAA